AUGCACAUCGGACCGUUGAUCAGUGGUUCAGUGCAAAUACCACUCGAGCACAGGAAUUACCUGCAGUGGGAGCACACCACCUUUCUCUACUCUCUGCGCCGACUCUUCGACCACAUCUCCACCACCCCCCCCGUUUGCGAGGCACCACAGCCGCCUCCAUAUCACACAGCCAUGUCGCUCAACGGCCUCGACGACCCCAAGGUCGCAGACGCCUUCCAGACCGCUGGCGCCGAACCUGGAGGCUGGUUCCUGCUCAAAUAUACUCGCCGCGACGAAGUUGAAAUCCUCGGCACUGGUGCUGGUGGCAUUGCAGAGCUUCGUACCAGCAUUGAAGGAUACACCCAGGAGAGCCCAUUGUACGGUUAUAUCAAAUACAGGCGUCGCAAUGUCGUGCUCAAAUAUCUCCCCGAGGACUCAUCCCGCUUAAUACAAGCUCGUGUCGCCGUCCACUUCAAUUUCGUCUGCGAGCGAUUCUCCCCCUAUGACACGAUUUUCGAGAUCGACUCUGCCACGGCCCUGACUGACACGAAGCUCUCCGCCGCCUGCUCCCUGCAUACCGCCUCAGGCUCGACAGCUUCCUCUACCAGCUCCCGAAAGAAACGUCUGGUAGAGAUUGCCGAGGAGGAUGAGGACGACCAACCCGCCUCGAAGCGCAAGUCCGUCACGGCCGAUGCCCUCCCUCCCAAGACGCCUGUCGAUCCGAGCUGGAACCGGGAUCCCGUUACUCUGAAUGCUGAUCUGGCCUCCUCGCCCGAGCAAAGUAAAUUCUCCGCUCAAGAUACCGCUGAGCCCCCCACCUUUGUUGGGGUCGACGAGCGUCCCUCGACAUCAGAUUCCUACGACCGCAGCCUAUCUAGUUCGUCAUCUUACCCCUAUGGCAAACCCAAGGUCAAGCUUGGCCCCCGACCCUCUCUCGACGUCAAUGUCCGUCCUCAGACGGCCGGAAAUUUCAGACCCGUGUCUGCCAUCCCCGCAGGAUAUAAGCUUUUUGGCAAGGGCGGCAAGAGAACCAAGAGUCGCGAGAGUAAUAUUCUCGUCUCUCCGCAAGAAGAAGUUCCCAGCAUGGACUUCACCGUUGCUUCCGAACCCGACGACGCAUCCAAAGAAAACACCGACCCGGCCCUUACCCUGUCCAACCCCGAAACCACCCUCAAGCCUACCAAGAAGAUUUCGCCCGAAAAGGCACGACUCAAGAAGGCUAUGCAAUUGCGCGAGAAGAAGCGCCUCGCUGCCGAAAAGGCUGCCCAGGAAGAGGACGAUGCUGCUGUUGCCACUGACACUGUAGAGGCCCAAGUGCAAGCCGAAGCUGCGGGAGAUGCGCCCGCUGACAAUGAGAUUUUGGCUCAACCCGCUCUUGGCCACCCCACUGUUGAAACACCCGCAGAUGAGGCAGUUGAUCUCUAUGUCGAUGCAAAUUCAACCGCAUCACUCGCCGACCAGGUCUCCGAGGCAACCGCUACAGACUCUCAUCCAGCAAGUCCGGGUUUGGCCGACUCGGAGACGGCCGACUCGACAAAAGCCUCAUCCAUUUCUGAAGGCACCGAUGAGACCGUUGUUGAAAAAGAGGAAGCUGGUGAAACGACACCCCAACAGAAAGAAGCGGACGCUCUUGCCCAAGUCGCGGCACUGCCCGAAAAGGACCUAAGACACAUGACGACACAGGACCACAUCAAGGCCACCGAAGCCGCCCUCUUUGGUUCCUCAGACGUGGAUACGGAUGCUACCGAGGAACCAGUCGCUAUCCCAGUGCCAGCCUUCUCGACCAACAACUCUGAUUCUCCGCCUGUUGACAAGACCGCAGAACCAUCCCCUGAAGAAGCCAAGGAGGAAGUAAAGGAGGCAGAGCAGCCCGCUGCUGAUAAGCCUGCAGACCCGAGUCCCGCCGCCCAACCCUCUGCUCAUGAUCUUCUCGCCGCGACUCGUGCCGCCGCGGAGCCAUGUAUCGGAACUCCUUCUGUAAAGGUUACGCAUAGCCCCCUUGCUACCCCCGCCCUCGCCACCUCUAACGAGGUUAUAACUGUUGCUGCCGAGCCAGCCAAGGAAAAUUUUGCAGAGUCGAAAUCAGAGUCAGGCAACAUUGCUGAGGUCAAGACUGAGCCCGCUGAGCCUGCUGAGCCCGCCGAGCCUGUUGCACCUGUCGCGCCUGUUGAGCCUGCUGAGCCUGUUGCGCCUGUCGCGCCUGCUAAGCCUGCUGAGCCUGCCAAGGAGAAACGCAAGGGUCUGGUUGAGCCGAUCCAGACGACUGGAAUUGACAACCAAGUCGGGGCAAACCGACCAUCUACUACAGCUGCAGUGAUUGCGGAGGAAGACACAAACCUGUCUAUCACCGCAACGCCAGUUACCCCUGUAACACCCGAGGGUGGUCUCGCGGCGUUGCCUCCGUCCACGAGCACGACCCCGCAGCCCUUCGCUGUCAGAACCGUCUCGAACCCUGUACGUGGAAAUCUGAAGCCGCCCUCUGAUGUGAGCCAGUCGUCGGUCCGUUCUAUGAGCUCUGGAGCCGCGUACCUUCACAAGAUCAACCAGCAACAGACCAAUGCAAACCUCUCGUCCAAGUCCAAUGUUGGUUCCAGCAUCUCGCAGCGCAUCAAGGCUCUCGAGAUGCUUUCUGCCAGCAGCGGCUCCGAGAUCCGGCCCGUCAGCCGUGAGCGCCCCCAGUCGACCUUCUUUUCCGUCAAGAAGAGCGAGCCCCUACGUGCCCCAUCAGUGGUUGAGCGCGCUUCUUCUCUGCGGAUGACUGCUCCGCCUUCCCGUGAUGGUUCUGAUUCCUCACCCGAGACCAAUCGGCCGCAACGCGGACGCUCGGGCUCCAUUUCCAACAGACUCUCCAUGUUCCAGCCUUCGCCUGACUCGACUCGUGGCGCGCCAGAAUCCAUUUCGGUGACGGCCAAGAUCGUUCGCGACCCCGACCAGCACGUAAACGAGCCUCCUAGAGAUGUACUUGGUUUCAACCCCCUGGAUCUCAAGCAGUCGCCACUCUUUGUUAGCCACCAGAAGCCCACACAGGAUUCCAACACCACCAGUAUCGAACCCCCCAUCGAUUCUCUCAAGGACGAAGGACGCCGCUCUUCCGUCAACCUUGUUCGCACUCUAAGGAAGGACAAACGAACAAUCUCGACAGAGCCUGUUCCUGCUGCCUCACCCCCACCUGCCAAUGGGUCUUUCUCACCUCGCAUGUCGUUUAGCAGCCGCCGAUCAACUGGCAAGGAAAGCGAAGAAGCCCAGUCUCCCGAUUCAAAUGACACCCUCUCGGGCGGCGAAGACAAGUCAAACGAUGGCAAACUAUCGCGCGCCAGCCGCUUUAUGCGCCGUCUCUCUAACCUCUCCGGCGCGCGCGGCAAGACGAUCCUACCCCCCGCCAUCAAGUCGCCGCUUGCGCAUAAUGAAGACCAGCGCCUUGAGGCGUCCCGCCCCUCCACUACCGGCACCUCGCCUUGGAUCGUCUCUUACCUCGGUGACGUCAACGUGCAGUUUCCAGACAACCUGCUCUGGAAGCGCCGCAACCUGUGCAUCGACUCGCAAGGUUUCCUUGUGCUCAGCGCGCUGCCCGCACCCAGUAGCCGCGCUGCCCAAGGCACCAAGCGCUACCACCUGAGCGAGUUCCGCCCACCAUACUGCCCGGACGUCGAGGUCCAAGAGCUCCCUAAUAGUGUUGUCCUCGACUUUGUUGAGGGAACCAGCCUGCAGCUUGCCUGCGAGGACCGUACCGGCCAGGUUAGCGUCCUCAACGACCUGUCGGAUGCGCACUCGAAGCAUGCCGCGCAGUUUGGACAAUAA